GUGUUCAAUGGUAUGGGAGAGGGAAGAAGUUUCCAGAAGGAUAAAGUGCCUCUCAUAUAAAAGCGCUCGCGGCCGCUUCCCCUCAGUUAUCUCUGCAGUGCUUGCUGUACAAGUUGAGUUUGUGCGAUUCGAUCGUUUGUUUCCCGUGCGAUCUAUUUCAUUUAAAGGUUUGUUGAGCUUGGAAUAUCAUGUCUAUUACUCCAGUUGUGCGUUCCGCUCUCCUCAACAUGAAACCCCUCACUCGCUUCGGGCCCAGGUUCCGUCAAAACACAAAAUCAUACCAUAUGUCGAUGGUACCAUACAUUGUCCGAGAGAUGCUGCGAGAGAUGGACCGCCCCACUCUCUAUGACCAACACUUUGGCCUAGGGCUCAGUCCUGCCAGCCUGAUGGACCACGGUCUGCUGACCACCCCACUGCACUGUGGAUACUUGCGACCUUGGCGAAUCCUCAACCAAGCAGACAGUGGCAUGUCCAACAUUGUCAAUGACAAGGAUAACUUCAAGGUGAGCCUAGAUGUGCAGCAGUUCAAGCCGGAAGAGCUGACAGUGAAGGUGGUGGACAACCACGUGGUGGUGGAAGGCAAGCAUGAAGAGCGUAGUGAUGAGCACGGGUUCAUCUCUCGCCAGUUCACACGUCGCUACCGCCUCCCAGAAGACUGUGACUUGCAGGCUCUGCAGUCCUCUCUGUCCUCGGAUGGAGUCUUGCAGCUGACAGCACCCAAGAAAGCCAUAGAAGACAAAGGUGCCCGAGCCAUUCCCAUCACUCAGACCAACGCACCUGCGGUCAAGGCAGCUCCUGAGGCGAAACAGCAAGAGGAGAAAACUAAAUCAGCCUAAUCAAACUCAAAAUUAUUUUUCCAAAGAGGGAACCAAUUUUCAAACUUCCUAGGAAAACACUAAGAAUUAAGACUGAUAGUAGACUUGUAGUUAUUUCAUCUGUUCAUUUUUACCAUUGUGUAUGAAAAUCUGUGUGAAUGUUUUACUGUGUUUGUUAAUUUAUAAAGUUAAUUACUGUGUCUGUUAAUUUAUAAAGUUAAUUGUAACAGUAUUUUGCUUCAGACUGAACCUAUUGUUAUCUUUGUUAUACAGCGUAAUAUGAUGUAAUAAACCCGGUAUUUCAAAACAU